AUUUGUUCUUUCAAUCCCUUUUUCAACUCUCAAACUCGGUCCGAUUUCAAAAUCGUCCACUUCAACAUCUCUCCCAAAGAUACUAUUAAAAAUACAACAUGAACCUCCUCCACUUCAUCAGCAACAUGCUUCUGCUCGCCAUCACAGUUCUCCUCAACUGCGAUUCCGUCCUCGCACUUCCCUCUUCAGGAGUUUCUCUCAACCAACAGGAUGAUAUCACCACUACUCCCAAUCCACUUUCAACUGUCUUCAACAAGCGUGACAUAACUGACGUCAACUGCCUCGCCCAAACCGGACAAAGAACUUGGAAGCUUGCCCCUCUCGGCCCUAUCCUGUCAGGAAUCAAAUAUCUUCGAAAUAUCGAAGGAGGUUUCGGAAUCUGUACUGUUGCAAAAACUUCUUGUACGCGUAUUAGCUGCAACAAUGAUGCUGCGAUUUACUGGUGCAACAACAAUAACUUCGAGCUCCGCAAGUAUUACUUCAUGCUCGCCGACUAUGCGCAAGCACUUGUUGACAAAUGCACGGUUGUCGAUGUUGCUGGCAAGGGAAGCCUUAGGAAACGUGUUGGUGGUCAGGCAUGGGAUAGAAUUAACUGGAACGUUUUCAUUAGAGCUGAGAGCUGCUAGGUGUUUGUUGGUUCUGCUCUACCAUUUCAAGCUUUGGCUGGCUGUCGGGGGCAGAUUAGCUGAGUGUUGUGAGAGGUCGGAGUGGGUAUUGAUGGCAGGAUCUUCUCGCAGAAUUAUGCACUUCUGAUAGAAACUUUGGUUUCUGCUGGCAUUGGGCUUGAGGCAGUGAUGUCAUUUUUGCAAGCAAUAAAACUC